AUGCUAGAUAUCUCACACCCCGUGGAAUCGUCUCUGCCCGAUGACAGAAGAUCGAACUUCCAGGCUGCCUGGGAUGAGAGUAUAUUAAUUGAGAAAAAUGACGAUGCUCUCACGGUGUUGAUCUGCGAGUAUGUCCUGUCUUAUAAUAUCCCAAACCCGGCCGCCAUUCAUCCUCGAACUGUGCUAGAAAAUUACUGCUUGCAUAAAAUAAUAAACUGUAUCUGUAAAAGUGUCCCCACCUCUCUCAUCUCAUUAAAUCUUAUCAUUUAUUUUGGUACAAGGCUCUGGAAGCGGAAUGAAUAUUGCCGGGUGAAGAAGAAAGGAACAGAACAUUUCUCAGGCUAA